CUCGCACGGACCGACAAUGCUUUGAAGGCACUGGAGGCUUGUCUGCGGUGAUUGGAGAGAAAGGGACAACCUCGUCCUCCUCAAACACCGAGUGAGGUUGGGGAAAGGAGGCAAGAAGCGGAGAAGGCUGUGGAGUUGUUUUUGUUUUUUUUUUUUAAAAGAAAUACCUUAAAGCGGCCCGGGAGUGUGUUUUCAUCGUCAGCGCUUCGUUAUAGAAAGUAACUGAUUCCCUGCAACAUUCGUCAUGUCAUCGUCCGGUAAAGACAACAGCGGAGCCCCGCAUGCCAAUUACGUGGGACCGUACCGUUUGGAGAAGACGCUGGGCAAAGGACAGACAGGAUUGGUCAAGCUUGGAGUUCAUUGUGUAACAUGCCAGAAAGUCGCCAUAAAGAUUGUCAACCGUGAGAAACUCAGCGAGUCAGUACUAAUGAAGGUGGAGCGAGAAAUAGCCAUUCUGAAGCUCAUAGAACACCCGCAUGUUUUAAAGCUACAUGACGUGUAUGAAAAUAAAAAAUACUUGUACCUCGUACUAGAACUUGUGUCCGGUGGGGAACUGUUUGACUACUUGGUAAAGAAAGGCCGGUUAACGCCUAAAGAGGCCAGGAAAUUCUUCAGACAGAUCAUGUCUGCUCUGGAUUUUUGCCACAGUCAUUCCAUAUGCCACAGGGACCUAAAGCCAGAGAACCUGCUGCUCGAUGAAAAGAACAACAUCAGGAUAGCAGAUUUCGGCAUGGCCUCUCUUCAGGUCGGAGACAGCCUGUUGGAAACCAGCUGCGGCUCUCCACAUUACGCCUGUCCAGAGGUCAUCAGGGGGGAGAAGUAUGACGGGAGGAAAGCGGACGUCUGGAGCUGUGGGGUCAUUCUUUUCGCCCUAUUGGUGGGUGCUCUGCCGUUUGAUGACGACAACCUGAGGAAUCUGCUGGAGAAAGUGAAGUUAGGAGUGUUUCACAUGCCCCACUUCAUCCCUCCAGACUGUCAGAACCUCCUGCGGGGCAUGAUAGAAGUAGAUGCCUCCAAAAGACUAACACUCGAACAGAUCCAGAAGCACACGUGGUACAUAGGGGGGAAGAACGAGCCGGAGCCCGAGCAGCCUGCACCAAGGAAGGUGACCAUCCGCAGCCUCCCGUCUGCAGAUGACAUCGACCCAGACGUCCUGGACAGCAUGCACUCUCUGGGCUGCUUCAGAGACAAGAACAAGCUGCUGAAAGACCUGCUUUCAGAUGAUGACAACCAAGAAAAGAUGAUCUACUUUCUAUUGCUGGACCGUAAAGAGAGGUACCCCAGCCAAGAGGACCAGAACCUUCCCCCUCGCAAUGAGAUAGAUCCUCCAAAGAAGCGUGUGGACUCUCCCAUGUUGAACCGGCACGGCAAACGGAGACCAGAGAGGAAGUCCAUGGAGGUCCUCAGUGUCACAGAUGGAGGCUCGCCUGUUCCAGCCAGGAGAGCCAUCGACAUGACACAGCAUGGCCAACGUAAGUCAGUGUACAGUAAAAGCUUGGAUAUUCCUGAUGGCAGAAAAAAAUGCAGCAAAGAAGAAAGGUCACGGUCUAUUAGCGGAGCCUCCUCAGGCCUCACCACCAGCCCGCUCAGCAGCCCACGGCCUGGUAGAAAGUUUGGUGUUCCACCUCAAUACACUGACUUGCCGCAGUCUCCCAACACCACCCCCUGUCCUUCCCCCGAGCCAAUUCCAAAUCGCGCAGGCCCUCGUAUUUCUACACCUAAUUCACUGGCCCCGAGCACUGAGGCCCUUCCAGCUGCACUUAACAAAACACAGACGCUGCCGGCCAAGCCCAAAGUUGCCCCAAAGCCUCUUCAAGCCACAAGAUCCAACCCGCUCCCUGAAUCAUCUUCAGAUGCAGCAUCCUCGCCUGAGUCCUCAGCUCCAUGCCAGAUAACAUCACAGCCACCAUCUACCUCCAUGCCCCCCACGCCAACCUCCCCACUCUCUCCAACCUCUCCAAUCCCUGUUACUUCCACCGUAAAUAGCCCCCAAGUGAGGCGCUCCCAUUUCGCUGCCAACCCCCAACUCUCAGUGCCCUUCAGCCCAGUGGUGCCUCUCUCCCCCAUCCGUCUGCACCACUUUCACCCCGUGACAUCCAUGCCUUCUUCACCUAAAUCUAUCCCCCUCAUACAGGUUACCCCCCACCCCUCCCCUAGAGGCAGUCCCCUACCAACCCCAAAGGGCACCCCGGUGCACACACCCAAGGACAGCCCGGCCGGAACUCCCAACCCGACGCCACCCCCCAGUCCUUCCAUUGGUGGCAUGCCAUGGAGGACGCGCCUCAACUCCAUUAAGAACAGUUUCCUGGGUUCCCCGCGCUUCCACCGCAGGAAACUCCAAGUUCCCACGCAAGAGGAGAUGUCUAGCCUCACUCCAGAGUCUUCCCCAGAACUUGCCAAAAAAUCCUGGUUUGGUAAUUUCAUCAACCUGGAAAAAGAGGAGCAGAUCUUUAUUGUCAUCAGGGACAAACCUCUCAGCUCCAUCAAAGCCGACAUCGUUCAAGCAUUUCUCUCGAUCCCAAGCCUGAGCCACAGUGUCAUUUCACAAACUAGUUUCCGAGCAGAGUAUAAGUCCACAGCCGGCCCGACAGUCUUCCAGAAGCCGGUCAAAUUCCAGGUGGAUAUCACCUACACGGAGAGCACAGCUGCCACCAAGGAGAAUGGCAUCUACUCUGUCACCUUCACCCUGCUCUCAGGACCCAGCCGACGCUUUAAGCGGGUAGUGGAGACAAUUCAGAGCCAGUUGUUAAGCACACAUGACCAGCCUGGAGUCCAGCAGCUGUCUGGCAGCCCCUUGAGUAACUUGUUUGACGUAAUUAAACAACUCUUUUCAGACGAGAAGAACGGACAGGUGCCCACGUCCAAGCACUGCCCCUCACCCUCGCCCGUGCACGUCCGGAGGCAGGAGCAGGAAAACAAUACCAGCAAAUGUCCCCUUGUGUCCAGAGACAGAGUCAAGUUGUCGCUACAAGACCAUUCUUUAGACUGAGACGGCUUCUGUCCGCACACGCGGAGAAACCUAAGUCAUAUUGUAGCUCGCAUCUUCAUCCUUCCCUCCUGUCAUCUCCGCCUUGUCUUUCUGCUCAACUGUGUGCUAACCUGCCUCGUUUCUCACACUAGGAAUUAUCCAGAAAACCUAUUAAGUUCCAUCCCUGCUCUGUCCCUCCUCCCUUGGCCCACCCUGCUACACACACUCCCCCUGAAGGCCGCCGACCGUGAGAGAGACCACGCUUUUUAGAGGUUUGGGUUACCAUGGAAACAGACUUCCACCGUCAUCUUUCACCCUUACAGUAGAAGUAGAUAAAAAUAACUUUGGUGUUCCCCCACGACCCCCCCCCCCCCCACCCACCCCUCCCGUACACUUGCCUCAAGGAGCUUUCUUGAAUUUGGAGAAUUUUUGCGAAAAGACGAAGCAUACACAUAAACCAGCUCACGCGGUGUAUGCACACUAAAGUGUGGGAUGUCUUCACAUCAUCACGAAGAAGCAGGAGACGUGUAGAAGAGAGGAGGAGGAGGAGAAUGCGGACAUUUGCUGGAUUGUACUUUUUUCUUUUUAAUGUGCUUUCUUUGAGAAGUGAAAUACUGACUUGAUCCCAAAAACCACUACUGCUGCAAAUGAACUCGAACUGUGAUUUGAGAGCGGGGGUGGGGAGGGGUGUCCUAACAUUGUGCUGAUGUGACAAUAUUUGGGGGGUGGGGGGGCGGGGGUAUAAUGAAUGAUCUAUUAUUCUGUUGUACAGACUGCUAUGGUUUCUUAUGUACAAAGUCAAAGAAUUGUCUAGUUGUGACACAAUGUUUAGAUACCGUCUAGGAAAGUCAUGUGUGUAUUUUUGAUCAAUCCAAAUCAUUGAUUUGUCCAUCGAUACCUCUCACUUACCAGCAGUAGAAGAACAAAGCAACGAAACAAUGUCAUCAACGCAGUUGUGCUUAUUUUUGUAGUUCAUCUCACUGUGUCAUUUCCUAAUUUAUUAUAACUUGACUAUUUAUAUGAACAAAGCUGUUAGCUCAGUUGAAUGUUAUUUAUUAUGAUUAUUAUUAUUAUUACUAUUAUUACCCACGUGUGUUUGUAAAUGGGGCGUCAGUACAAGAAGAACACAUUUUUCUUUUGGGCAGACUUUAGCUGAAUGACUCAUCUUUUCCUUGACCUUAACGAUGCGGGGAAAGAUAACUUCUAUUUUAAAAAAAAAACAACAAAAAAACAAAACCAGUGAUUUAAGAAUGUAGACUUAGCCUCUUUUUGGAGAGAGGGAAUGCUCUUUUAUUGCUGUUUGUCUGUUUCAUAUUGUUUGCAUAGGCCAGGCCUGAGAAGGACAUCGUUGAUCCACAGACCUUCUCUUUGUAUAUAGACCAUUUAAAAAAGCAAAACAAAGAAAAACACAACAUGGGGUUGAUUGUCGUCUUUACCAUGCUGGGGAUUCCCGCCCUAUACGUUAGCUUGUAUUGCUGUGUGCAUGUCAAACACCAGCUUUUCUUUGCAUGGCUUUGGUGUUAAUGUUCUCUCAGCUGCCACUAAACGAGCUUUUCUGUUGUACUUUUUGCUCCUUUUUAUUUUCAAAUCUUCCCUUGCGCCCGCUGGUCCCCUGAUCUCACGCACAACCUUUUGAAAGCAAUGCCUCUUUUGCCCUGUGCCGCUCAGUGUUCUGACGACGUGUGACGGGAAGGCGCAGGGAGAGGAUAUCAAUACUUGGAAAGACGAAGCAAUAGCAUCAUGUUCACGCUCCUUUUGUUUUGUACAAAUGGCAAAGCAAGCAGCUCAGUGAUUCAGAGAGUCAGAGCAGGAACUAAACAGGCCGAUGUAAUAAUCCCCGUUUAACAUAACUACUGUGAGCAUCCUCAGUGCUGAAACAAAUAAACUCAUUCAGUUGC